AUGGGGCCCCCUCGUGUCCCCACCCGGACCGUGCUGUUCCAGCGGGAGCGGACCGGCCUGACGUACCGCGUGCCUGCACUACUCCCCGUGCCCCCUGGGCCCACCCUGCUGGCCUUCGCGGAGCAGCGGCUCAGCCCGGACGACUCCCAUGCCCACCGCCUGGUGCUGAGGAGGGGCACGCUGGCCAGGGGCUCUGUGCGGUGGGGUGCCCUGUGUGUGCUGGAUGCUGCAGCCCUGCAAGGCCACCGCUCCAUGAACCCCUGCCCCGUGCACGACACCAGCACCGGCACCAUCUUCCUCUUCUUCAUUGCCGUGCUGGGCCACACGUCCGAGGCCGUUCAGAUCAGCACAGGCAGGAACGCCGCGCGCCUCUGCUGCGUGACCAGCCGCGACGCCGGUCUCACCUGGAGCAGCGCCUGGGACCUCACCGAGGAGGCCAUUGGCGACGCUGUGCAGGACUGGGCCACCUUCGCAGUGGGCCCAGGCCACGGUGUCCAGCUGCACUCAGGCCGCCUGCUGGUGCCUGCCUACACCUACCGCGUGGACCGUCGCGAGUGCUUUGGGAAGAUCUGCCGGACCAGCCCCCACUCCUUCGCCUUCUACAGUGAUGACCACGGCCGCACCUGGCGCCACGGGGGCCUCGUGCCCAACCUGCGCUCGGGCGAAUGCCAGCUGGCUGCGCUGGGGGACGGCCUCCUCUACUGCAAUGCCCGGAGCCCCCUGGGCAGCCGUGUGCAGGCCCUGAGCACCGACGGGGGCAGCUCCUUCCUGGCUGGGGAGCUGGUGCCUGCCCUUGCCGAGACGGCCCGGGGCUGCCAGGGCAGCAUCGUGGGCUUCCCAGCCCCACCCCCCAGCAGACCCCAGGGUGACGGAGCGUCCGCAGGCACCAGGAGCCUCCCUCACUGUCUGCACCUCUGUCCUGGAUUCCAGGAAGCCCCAGAGGACAGUGCUGGAGGCCCCUGUGAACCCCGGGUGCCCUGUGGGCCCUCCUGCCCCCCGCAGGCCCGGAGUGCUGGGCUGGGACAGCCUGGCCCAGGGGUGGGCCCUGGAGGGCUCCCUGCAGCCUCUGCGGUGUCCCCUCAGAGGCCCGCCUGGCUGCUGUACUCACACCCCACGGGGCGCAGGGCUCGGCUCCACAUGGGGGUCCGCCUGAGCCGCACCCCCCUGGACCCCCACAGCUGGACGGUGCCCUGGGUGAUCCACGAGGGCCCUAGCGGCUACUCGGACCUGGCGUCCCUCGGGCCUGUCCUUGCGGGAGCCCCGGCCUUCGCCUGCCUCUUCGAGAGUGGGGCCAGGGCCUCUUACGAGGAGCUCUCCUUCUGCUUGUUCUCUCUGGACGAAGUCCUGGAGAACAUUCCCCCCGGCCGCCAGCCGCCCAGCUGCACGGACAAGCCUUCCGGGACCUGCCAGUCCUCCUGA